UUUACACUAUUAAAUAUGCUGUGCUAGUAAAUAGCUUGUUGUGGUCGACACCAUUCCGCCAAUCGCCGUCGCUGUAGGCCGAAGAGGAAACGUGCAGAAGCGGGGUGGGACUGGGAUCCAUCGGAUCCCCCCAAAGAUUAUUACAAAACUUCCGAUCUACAGCGUGGGGUCAGAUGAUCAAGAACCAAGACGGGGGGAAUCCGCACGUUCCAUCAGACACUGUGAUCAUGACAGAUGAAGCAGCAGUUAUGGAGGAAGACAUCAGCCCAGCGGAGAGCCCUCUGGUCACACUCACCUUCAGGAAAGACGACAAGAGGAAGCUGAAGUAUUUGGAGGCUGAGCCCAAAGCUCUGGGGAUCACUCAGAUUGGCCUCGGUCUGUUCAAUAUCAUCUGUGCCACUGUGCUUCUGGGCACUCGUAUUUUUUACCUCGAGCGUCAGAUACCAAUUCUCAUUUCGUCGCUGCUGGUGAUGAUCGCUGGGAGUGUGGCUGUAGCAGCACAGAACCUCCAUCUGCCAACGCUGAAAGCCUGCCUUGGGAUGCAGAUUGUGGCGUGUGUCGGCUCCUUCGUCAGCUUCAUCUGUAGCAUUGUUAACAUAGCCGCUGCAGUUAGUGUUUGCUUCAGUUACCACUAUGAGAGGGGCAAACACUCAAUCUGUGAACAAAUCGUGGACUCCCUGAUGCACUUUUCUGCUGAGAGUAUCAUUGUCCACGUUGCUCUGUUUGCCAUCUCUGUUACUCUCGCUGUCUACUGCUGCAAAGUGGUCAACUGCUGCACACCUGCUCCAAGAGUGCCAGUGAUCACUGUACAAGCUCCUCUGUCCAACGGUCAGGGGACAGAUGGACAAGCAAGUGCCGGAAAAUAUGUAGUCGCACAGAAAUCUGCUGCUGAAAAUUGUAACUAAGCAACUGUCUGCUAACACAUGUGUUGACGUUACACAUGGAUGGAGUGUUUUCAUUACAGCUCUAAGAAAGAACCUUAUUCCAGUGACCUCACACUGGUCAGUAUUUUCUUUGCUUAUUUUUUUAUAUUCUCACUAAUAUACACUCUAGUAUAUUAUAACGAUAUAGUAACUUGAAUCACAGUGUGUACUACUUUAUUAAAAUGUGACACAGGAUCAAAUCCAAGUGUCUGCACAGCAUGUGAAUGCUGAACUGUGGCCACAAGAUGCAGCUAGAAAAGUAGUUUAGUGUCAUGUCAGUUUUACAGAAAAAAACAAUGUUCACUGAUUUUAUGUUGUAUAAAAAUUCUAGCUUUGAAUAGUCAUAAAUAGUUUUGAAAUAUAAUCACUUAUUCAUUUUUUUACAUAGUUUUAGUUUCAAUAUUAAUAAUUGCUUAUCACUCUGCCUUCCACAAGGGACUUUGUUCAUCAACCAACACCUGUCUCACCAUUUUGGUGAGCAAUGUUAUUUUACAGCUUUACUAACCUUGUAGUGGGAAACACAAUAGCAGAACCAAUACACAGGCUUCCUUAACCUAAUUGUAAGUACUGCUGUAACUUACUAUUAUUAGUAUUAAUGUUUAAUUAUAGUAUUGUGAUAUUUUAUUUUGCAACCAUUAAUAAGUGAUUAUGUUUAAUAAUAUCUAUGCAUAGGUGUAUGUAAUUCUGUAUGACUAUUUGCACAUGCCUUAACAUUAAUAUUAGUAAUAUUAAUUUAACUAAUAAAAACAUUACUGCAGUUAUUUACUUAAUGUGUUAAUUGUUUACCUAAAGGUAUAUAUUUGCCUAUUAGUGUCUAUAUUUUGUUGUUUUGCUUCUUGUUUGAAAGUGGGUCACACAGCACAACAACCUUUAAACCCACAAGUAUUUUGAAUAAAGGAUGUUUAAAGCUGGA